AUGCUUCGCUCAACGAGGAUAGCAAUACUUACGCGUCCAUGGAGUUUACGCUUGUCGUCGCGCAAGUUCGCCUCCACAACGCUGAAAACAAUGAACCCCAUACUAACGAAGAAGGAACUGAGACUACUGAUGAGCCAGGACAAAUUUUUGACGAUUUUCUUCAGUAAAAUCGAGCAAGCGACAAAAGUUCUCAGUGCCUCGAGUGGAUGGGAGAAAUGGAUAAAAGAUUUGCAAGGAGAGAAAAAAGAAAGCAGCACAGAAGAGAAAAAGAGCACAGGAUCCGGUGGUAGCGAGAAAAAGCCCGAUGGAAAGGGACCUCUCCUGGGAGAAUGGCAAAAUAUUGCGGUUGCCGUUGGAGUAAUAGGUAUUCUCUACGCAUUAACGGAUUCACAAUCUUACAAAGAAAUAUCCUGGAAAGAGUUCUUUCACGAUUGUCUUGAAGCUGGAGUUGUUGAUCGAUUAGAAGUUGUGAAUAAACGAUGGGUCCGAAUUGUCCACUCUGGAGGCAAAUAUGUUGGACAGCAACCGUAUUUCAAUAUUGGAAGUGUUGACUCGUUCGAGCGAAGUUUGGCCGCCGCUCAAAUGCAUCUUGGCUAUGAGGCUGAUCAACAAAUUCCCGUGCUCUACAAAGAAGAAUUUGAUUUCAAACGCGAACUGCCCACGAUAAUUAGUUGGUUGUUCCCACUCUUCCUUAUCGUUUACUUCGUUCGUAUGUCACGAAGGAUGUCUGGGGGAGCAGGUGGCGCUAAAGGCGGUGGUGGCCUCGGUGGUAUGUUUGGAGGCUUUGGAUCAAGUACAGCACGGGUUAUUAACAAAGAAGAUAUCAAGGUUGCCUUCAAAGAUGUUGCCGGAUGUGAAGAGGCCAAGAUUGAAAUCAUGGAAUUUGUUAACUUUCUCAAGAAUCCUCAACAAUACAAAAAUCUAGGUGCUAAAAUUCCGAAGGGUGCAAUACUAACGGGUCCUCCGGGAACCGGAAAAACUUUGCUAGCCAAAGCAACCGCGGGGGAAGCAAAUGUGCCUUUUAUUACGGUGUCAGGAUCCGAAUUUUUAGAAAUGUUUGUCGGGGUUGGCCCAGCACGUGUGCGAGACAUGUUUGCGAUGGCGAGAAAGAAUGCACCUUGUAUUCUUUUCAUUGACGAAAUUGAUGCAGUUGGUAGAAAGAGAGGUGGAAAAGGAGGAAUGGGCGGACAUAGCGAACAAGAAAACACGUUGAAUCAAUUGCUCGUAGAAAUGGACGGUUUCUCGACCGAUGAGAGCAACGUGAUUGUGAUGGCUGCAACGAAUCGAGUGGAUAUUUUGGAUUCAGCUUUGCUUCGACCGGGUCGAUUCGAUCGUCAAAUUUACGUUCCAGUUCCAGAUAUCAAGGGUCGUGCCUCGAUCUUCCGCGUCCAUCUCACUCCAUUGAAGACUUCACUUGACAAAAUCGCCUUGAGUCGAAAACUUGCUGCUCACACUCCAGGCUUUUCGGGAGCCGAUAUCUCUAAUGUUUGCAACGAAGCAGCUCUCAUUGCGGCCCGAGAUGCAAACGACGAAAUAACGAUGAAAAACUUUGAAAUGGCGAUUGAGCGAGUGGUAGCUGGAAUGGAAAAGAAGAGUCAAGUUCUUCAACCAGAAGAGAAACGAACGGUGGCCUAUCAUGAAGCGGGACACGCGAUUGCUGGAUGGUUUUUGCAAUUUGCCGAUCCACUACUGAAGGUUUCGAUCAUUCCUCGAGGCAAAGGUCUUGGUUACGCACAGUAUUUACCAAAGGAGCAAUAUCUUUACUCAACAGAACAACUUCUCGAUCGAAUGUGUAUGACUCUUGGUGGAAGAGUUUCAGAAGAAAUUGUCUUUGGAAGAAUAACAACGGGUGCCCAAGAUGACUUGCAAAAAGUGACACAAAUGGCGUAUGCUCAAGUGGUGAAAUAUGGAAUGUCAAAGAAAAUCGGUCCGCUCUCUUUUGAAACUGCUCAACCAGGAGAAAUGGCCUUCGACAAACCCUACUCAGAAGCGACAGCUCAGCUCAUUGAUCAAGAAGUUCGCGACAUGGUUAACCACGCAUUGACUCGUACACGGGAGUUGUUGAUGAGCAAAAGAGAUGACAUUGAGAAGGUUGCUGCUCGAUUAUUGGAAAAAGAAAUUCUCUCUCGUGAGGAUAUGAUUGAAUUAGUCGGCAAGAGGCCCUUUGGUGAAAAGCACACUUAUGAGGAAAUGGUUGAAGGUACUGGUGGUAUGGAUGAGGACACAAACUUACCAAAAGGACUAAAGGAUUGGAACAAAGAGAAGAGGAAAGAAACGGCGCCCGCU